CUCGUGAAUAACCAUGGUUAAUAAACCCCUGAAUCUCUCUUUCUCUUUCUAUGUUGUGUUGCUGCAUUGGUUUUUCUGCAACUCCACAAAUCUUUCGCCGCUUUCUGCGUUCAUUUUGGAUUUUCCCUUUGUUCGAGCUUGAAAGAUUGCUUUUUUGAUUACUUCAUUGGCGGGGAUUAUGUGAAUUGGGAAUGAAUAAUGAUAGCCCCCACUCAAAUAUUGUUGCAUUUGGAUUAGAAAGAAAAAAAAAAGUAACAUUUUUCACUGCGAAGAAGCUAAGUUUUUUUUUUCCCCUGAAAUUUUGUAACUUUUUAAGUACCCAGUUGAAAAGAGUGAAGUGGGUCUUAUCACUUUGUGUUUGUAGUUAUUGAAGUUACGUGGGUUUCCCUUGAUCUUAGCCGUGAAACAGUGUCACACAAACUCUAUUCGGUGGAAAAACUCAACUUGGAUUGUGUGUUUUUGUGGUGUGCCUACUUGAAUGCUUGUUAGAAGAAAAAAACAAUAAAGAAUAUAAAAAAAAGAGAUCGGAUUAAAGUUCAUUACUUCACUUAACAAGUGUAGUUUGGCUUACGUCAAGUCUCUCUCUACUUUGUCUUCAAACUUCAUUUGGUAUCCGAAGGUGGAAAAGUUUAUACAUCAGAAUGUGUUGGAAGCAAUGCUAAGAGCUUUGGUUUUUUGAUUUGGGGGGUUUUGUCUGAGUUUUUUGGUAGUGGUUUGGUUCUGUUGAUCCUUUGAUUCACCAUGCCUCUUUAUGAGUUAUACCGGUUGGCUAGAGAGAACCUUGGUAAUGAGACUAACAAUACAAGUGUAGCUGAUCAACCUUCUGAGUCUGAAAAUGAUUUUUUUGAGCUGGUUUGGGAGAGUGGUCAGAUUUCAAGCCAAGGUCAAUCAAGUAGAGUUAGAAAGAGUCCAUCUUGCAGGAGUUUUCCAUCUCACUGCCUACCAUCUCAUAGUCCUCGAGGUCGAGAUAAAGACAUAGGAGUAGGAGGAUAUGGUAACAAUCCAAGGACUGGAAAGUUUGGGGAUUUAGAAACUGGAUUGAAUGAGAUUCCAAUGUCAGUGCCAUCACAUGUAGUAGAUGUUGGUCAGGAUGAAGACAUGAUGCCUUGGUUGGAUUAUUCAAUGGAUGGCUCUUUUCAAAACGAAUAUGGUUCUAAUUUCUUACAUGAACUACCUUCAGUCGCGGGGAAUAACCUUCCUGCUGCCUCGAAUAAUUUUACUCUAUUGGAUAAAAGGAGUAAUGGAAAUCAGAUAUUUAGGAAGUCUCAUAAAAAUUCUGCAGAACCAAUGAAUGUUUCUAGGGGUUCUUCAGCUGAACCGGUUGAGACUGCAAGACUUAAUAAAGCUAGCACUAGUCAGUUAUACCCUCCAUCAACGUCAUUUUUAACUGUUAGAUCCAGGGCAUCGGAUGUAGCUGAAAAUAAUAAUGCAAGUAAUGCUAACCAGGAUGUGCCUUAUGGUGAAAUUACUCGCAUUACAUCUUCCUCGAGCGAUUUUCCUAGCUUAAAGGUGCAGAAGCAAGAUCCUAAAAUGCCUGGAAAUAGUUCCAGUUUGAUGAAUUUUUCUCAUUUUGCAAGGCCUGCUGCUAUCGUGAGAGCUAAUCUUCAGAACAUUAGCUUGAAGUCUGGUUUGGUUUCAGCUUCAGCAAGAUCAGAUAGUAUCGCAGUCAAGAAUAAAGGCGCUGCUUCGACUAGCAGCAAUCCUCCUGACUCGACUCUUGUUAAUUCCAGCGGUGACUGUUCAAAGGAACCAGAAACACGCUGUCAGAAGGUGGCGGAGCAACCCAAGGUUGAUUUGAAACCUUUGCAGCCAAAAUCUCUUGAACUGAAAGUUGUAGCUUCUAAACAAUCGGAGCCUGCUUGCAAAGAAAGUGGAGUUAAGAAUGAUCAACCUUCCAAUCAAGUUCUUGGCGACGGUGUUGCUAAAGGACAAACAACUGUUGAAAAAGGUGUGGAGGUGGCAGUAGCCUCUUCUUCUGUUUGCUCUGGCAAUGGUGCAGACAGAGGCUCGGAUGAUCCAAAUCAAAAUUUGAAACGGAAAAGUAGAGACACGGAGGACUCUGAAUGCCAUAGUGAAGAUGUUGAGGAUGAAUCGGUGGUUGUCAAAAAGGGAGCUUCUGGACGAGGAGUUAUUGGUUCCAAAAGAAGCCGUGCUGCUGAAGUGCAUAAUCUAUCUGAAAGGAGGCGAAGAGACAGGAUAAACGAGAAGAUGCGUGCAUUACAAGAACUCAUACCUAAUUGCAAUAAGGUGGAUAAAGCUUCUAUGCUAGACGAAGCAAUUGAGUAUCUAAAAACACUUCAGCUCCAAGUUCAAAUGAUGUCAAUGGGAGCCGGUUUAUAUAUGCCUCCAAUGAUGUUACCUGCUGGAAUGCAGCACAUGCAUGCACCACACAUGGCUGCAUUUUCACCUUUGGGUGUCGGCAUGCAUAUGGGGUUAGGUAUGGGAUAUGGGAUGGGAAUCCCUGACAUGAACGGUGGAUCUUCAAGAUUUCCAAUGAUUCAAGUGCCACAGAUGCAAGGAGCUCAUAUCCCUGUUGCACAUAUGUCUGGACCCUCGGCUAUACAUGGGAUGGCAAGAUCAAAUCCUCAAGGAUUUGGGCUUCAAGGUCAGGGAAUUUCUAUGCCAAUGCCGCGAGCUCCUGUAUUUCCUUUUUCAGGAGGACCUAUUAUGAACUCAUCAGCUACGGGAACAUCUGCUUAUGGAUCCGCAGGACCUGUUGAAACUGUGAAUCCGGCUUCAGCAUCUGGCUCAAAAGAUCCUACGCCAAAUGUGGACUCGCAAAUUAAGCAAAGCACCAGUGGCCGUGACACUACAAGCCAGAUCCCUAACCAGCGUGAACCAACAACUGCUGUAUUUAAACAGCCAGCUUCGGUGCAUAAUGGUGGUAAUGUCUCAGUUGCUGAUGACAGUGGAACUGCUAAUCCUGGCAAUAUCACUUUGUGAUUGGUUAUGAUUGAUACACCGCAUUGAUCGUGGCUAACAGAAGAAUCGGGUUUUCAAAACGUGAGUCCAAAAUCUAUUGUUUCUCAUCUUUGCAAGUUCAAUCCAAGACUAUUACAGAGGAUAUUUCCGAGUCAUUGAGGUUGACCUGUCAAAAUAGUGAUGGGAAUUCUAAUUUCCGAAAUUAGAAAACUGCACAGAUUUUGGUAUCUUUAGACUCGUCACUCAUUUGUACAUCCAUGUAGCGCAACCUGUUCAAUCAAUUGGCAAAAAAUAUUCAUAUAUCUUUACAUUAUGCAUUAAAUGCUUGAUUCAGAUCUUUCAUAGUGAUUCUUUGGAUUAAUGAAAUAAUAAUUUAUUUUCCUUGGCAA